AUGGGCGAGCUGAAUGCGGCAACUUGUUGGUGGGACUGCGAAUCAGAUCCAAAGAAAGCUGGAGCUUCAAGGCUACUACGAAGAUGUCAACAAGUAAUGAAUUGGUCGCCAACCUUCAGCCAUAGAGUUCUGAUGGGGUACAUGGACUUUUUGGAAAUGAAGAAAGAUGCGAACGACUUCGAGGGGAACCAAAUUGUGCCAUCUACAGUGGUUCACCAAAUGUGGCGCCAACAUAUCCUGGACACACACAAUUACACUAAAUACUGCUGUUUGUUGGUGGGCGAAAGGGUCGAAUAUCCAGCAGAUGAUAAUCCGAUCUCGGAUAGCAAGACUAAGAACAAGCGCAUUGCCAACACAAGGUCUCGAUUGUGCCAACGGAAAAAUUGUGAACCUGUCGAGCUUGACGAAGAAAUCUGGGCAUAUGAACGGCCGCCCAUGGUCCAGCUUCCGGUCGGCGCAAGUAGCAUCAAGACAAAGGAGGCGCAAUCAGCUGGCGUUACCAUCUUCAUUCAAUGUAUUGACCAAUCGGAAAAGAAUAGCUCCGAAUUCAAAGUUAUAGAAUCGAUGAAAUUGAGUCGCAUCUUUCAGGCGUAUGCAAAACAAAGAGGUGUGAAUAGGAAUUCUUUGACAUUCUUAUUGCGAUCUUCAUCCCAAAAGGCUGAUGAAAAUGAUGAAGACAAAAGAAUAUUGCUGCACGAUGAGAAUGGAAAGCCUACACACCAACCAUUAGAUGGAACUGAGACACCUUUGAAGCUCUUCUCUGGGAAUGGGACAAUCAAUAAUGGUCGUCAACUUUGGAUCGAUUGUGAGCCACGGAGAUGUGAAUGUUGA